AGAGGCACAAAGACAAGUGCGGGCGUGGAAAAUUAAUUAAUUUGGCUUAACAAAAAUUAUUUUCGAAGGCUUAUUUUACGCACAGCACCAAAAUCAACAUGUCCGUCAGGAGAGCAACGCACGCAGGAAGCUGGUACACAGAUUCCGGCUCGGAUCUCUCCAGGCAAUUGGAUCGCUGGCUGGGUGCUGCAGACUUGUCGCAUGGACCGGCGCGUGCCAUUAUUGCACCACAUGCCGGCUAUGCUUAUUGUGGUGCCUGCGGUGCAUUUGCCUAUCGCCAAGUGAGCCCCGUUGUCGUUAAACGCAUAUUCAUAUUGGGUCCAUCGCAUCAUGUACGACUACGCGGCUGUGCCCUAUCGGUAGCGAAAAAGUGUAGGACACCAUUAUAUGAUCUCAAAAUUGAUACGCAAGUCAAUGCCGAGCUGGAAAAGACGGGUCAGUUCUCCUGGAUGGACAUGAAAUCUGACGAGGAUGAGCACUCCAUAGAAAUGCAUUUGCCUUACAUAGCCAAAGUAAUGGAGGACUUUAAGGACCAGUUCACCAUUGUGCCUAUAAUUGUCGGUUCACUGAAUCCCGAGCAGGAGGCACAGUAUGGCAGCCUGUUGGCCAAUUAUUUUAUGGAUCCAACGAAUCUAUUUGUGAUAUCUUCCGAUUUUUGCCAUUGGGGCCAACGUUUCAGUUACACAUACUAUGAUCGCUCCUGCGGUCCUAUACACAAGUGCAUCGAGCAGCUGGACAAGCAGGGUAUGGACAUCAUCGAGAAGCUUAGCCCGGCAGCGUUUACAGAGUACUUGCGCAAAUAUAAUAAUACGAUAUGCGGACGUCAUCCUAUUGGCGUUAUGCUAGGCGCUAUUAAAGCCCUGCAGGAUCAGGGAUUUAAAAAUAUGAGCUUUAAAUUUCUCAAGUACGCGCAGAGCAGCCAGUGCCUGGACAUGGAGGAUUCCAGUGUUAGCUACGCCUCCGGUUCGCUCAUCUUUGAGAAUUAAAAACACAAUGAAAACAAAAAGUAUUUUGUCUAGGCUUAUUUAGUUGCGUUGGAUUUUGUAGCUGAAAUUCAAGUUUUAUAAUUAUAAUUUUUAGCAGCAAAUUGUAUGAAGAAUAAAGC